AUGGCCCGCCGAACGACGGCAAAGAGCCCUCGUGCCCGCGCCAUUGCCUCCUCCUCUCUCGCCUCGUCCUCCGCCCGCCCCACGCCGGUUCCUUCGAGCGACGCGACCCCGGUCAGCUCGACCUACCCAUCUACUUAUGCCUCCGAGGCAGAACACGACUUGGAUGAUGACAUGUUGAAGAAGAUGCACGGAUUGACCAUCUCCGAUAUGCCCGGCGAUUCUGUCACCGCGGCCGUGGUCAAGAAGGCCGAGCCAAAGAAGCCGUUCCGGUUCUUGGAUCUGCCACCCGAGCUCCGGAUCACCAUUUAUGGUUAUUAUUUUGCCGAUGUCGACCGUGUUCUCGACCUGGAUCCGGCAAAUUACAAGCGCAUCCACAAGAAGCUGGGCAUCAUGCGCACAUGCAAGACGAUUUACUAUGAGGCAACCCACAUGUUUUACAGCAGCCGUACUUUCCGACUGUUUCCUACGCAUCCGGGCCGCUACUUCAAGACGAAGAAGCCUCUCCUUGCGCGCCUCAAACCACGUCAGCGUAACUGCUUGACAUCCCUAGAGUUGCGGCUCGGCCCCGGCUGGAGCAAACCUCCCCGCGGAUGGGUUGUGAACCCAGCGCUCGGGCUUGCUGAUUGCGUCAACGUGCGCAAACUGACCGUUUUUGUCGAGUGCGAUCCCAGUGAUGGCAUCUUCAACGGCUUCCGUCGUCACGAUGGAUAUUACGAAGGCUUCAGCACCAGCCUUCUCAGCAGCGUUUUGGAUGAGAUGCCAUUUAUCGACUGCUUGACUUUUGACGCCUGGUCAAGCGUCAAGAAAUCAGGCGCCAUGAUGCGUGCUCUGCUGGAACUUGCAUAUGCACGGGGCUUGUCAGUUCGCUGGGGUCCUGAAAGGGGUUGGGCCGACUUUGAAGACGAGGUGGAGGCUGUCCCCGAAGGCCAUGUUGCUAAUAAUGCUAUAUUGAGCCAGGCUCCGCUUGGGAUUGGGGUUGCGGUUCAUAUCGAAAACCAACCGGCCUGCAGUCAAACGCACCAAACUAUCGAUACUGUCAAAAUGGCCGCCUCAUCCAUCCGCAACUCACUCAAAAGCCACUGCCCCUGGGCCACCUUCCCAUUGAUCAUCUCGGCCCCCAUGCGUGUCAUGUCGGGCCCUGCUCUCGCCCUCGCUGUCUCUGAGGCUGGAGGUUUGGGGUUCAUCGGCCCCGGUAUCAAGCCCGAGUCCAUCCUGACUGAUCUGACCGAAGCCGCCUCGCUAUGUUCACAGCGGGCUUCUGACGCUACACGGCUCAGUGUCCAAAACGAGGGGGUUCUACCUGUUGGGAUUGGGUUCCAGCUGUGGAAUGGUGAUCUCGGUUCGGCGAAGGAGGCGGCGGAAAAGUUUAUCCCGGCGGCGAUUUGGCUUUUUGCGCCAAAGGAUGGGCAAAAGGAUGUUGACGACUGGACUGAGGGGUUGAGGGGGGUGACCAAGGGGAAGAGUCAGAUUUGGUUGCAGGUUGGGACUGUGGGUGAGGCGGUUGAGGCGGCAGAGUCGAAACGGGGGAGGCCAGAUGUGCUGGUUGUCCAGGGACAGGAAGCAGGUGGGCAUGGGAGGACCAGUGAUGGGGCUAGUUUGGGGACGUUGGUGCCUGAGAUCAAAGAUACACUGGAGGAAAGGGGUGCAAGUGACAUUCCACUGUUUGCGGCGGGAGGGAUUGCUGAUGGGAGGGGUGUGGCUGCAGCUCUGUGCCUGGGGGCAUCUGGGGUGGUCAUGGGGACAAGGUUUUUGUGUUCAAACGAGGCGAGAAUCAAAAAGGGUUACCAGGAUGCUGUGCUUGAGGCUAAAGACGGCGGAAAAAAUACAGUUAGGACCCAUCUGUACAAUCACCUGAGGGGGACGUUUGGGUGGCCGGAAGAGAAGUGGGCGCCGAGGACAAUUGUCAACAGAAGUUGGGAGGAACACACUCAGGGUGGCAUUUCUUUUGAUCAGCUGAAGGGGAAACACGACCAGAGUGUGAAAGAAGACGGCGAUAAAGCCUGGGGAAGACAGACUGGCAGGACGGCAACAUAUGCUGGCAGUGGCGUUGGCUUGGUCAGAAGUGUUGACCCGGCAGGCGAAAUUGUCAAAAAGACAAGGGAAGAGGCAAAGAAGAUUUUGAGGGGCCUGCAGAGUGGGCUGCAAGUUUAG